GAAAACCGUCAAGUUACACAUAAAACAUAAUAAGCUACGUACCUACAUUAGGUACCCAUACACCUCAAGUAAGACCAGCCCCACUGGCUAACGGAUACCGGCUUUUGCGCUUAGCGUAGGUAGAUCUUCAGCUUCGGAUUUGAGGCUAAGUUAGCUUAGAUACUAAGCUUAGAUACUACCUAAUAAGGCACCUAACCUACAACAAUUUCUACGAAUAAACAACACCUGGUCGACUAGGUGCGAUUUCGUGCCUGAGGACGACAUCAUCACUUUACCGAAAUAAACCCGAUUUCGACCCAAGCGACGAAAAAUCAUGUCCUCCCAACAGCAGAGCCAACCGAAAAUCACCUCCAAGAACCUCGCCUACUCGAGCGACCUGCCCCCCUUCCUAGCCAAGCUCCGCGGCCAACAGCAGCAGCAGCAGCGCGAUCCCGACUCCCCGGACCCUAUCCUAGCCGCGCGACGACGGGCAGCCCGGCCGCGGUCCGCCAGCGAGGAGGCCGAGGACGCGCCGCUCGUCGUCGACGAAGCGGGCAACACCGUCGCUUUCCCGUCCGGCGCCGACGUAGAUGCUCCUGCGGAGAGGGGAGACGAUAACGUAGACGGGAAGAACGAUGCGGGCGCGGGCGCGGAUACGGGUGCAAAGAAUGGUAAAGAAGAGAGGGAAAAGGAGAAAGUAGCUGGGAUUGGUGCGGGUAGGAAACGCAAGGUAGGACGGGUGGUUGGCGGUGACACCGAGGGAGACAGCCCGUCGGUGAAGAGUGGUGGUGAUAAAUCUGCCACCGACAGCAAAUGGGGAACGAGGCAGACCAAGAAGAAAGCCAAGAAGAUCAAGCUCAGCUUCAAUGACGACGGAGACUGAAAAGCAGGCGAAAAGUCUGGAUGUGCCAGAUUAUUGGUAUAUCAUUAGGUACCCACCACAGCCCCCGGGUUUGAAUAUUUGCCGAAGAGCAUGGACGCGCCGGCAGACCAGCCUCUUUCGUUGCAUAGCCCGUUUCAAGCUCUUUAGCCACCGCCCCCGACGAGACGUGGCCGAAUAGCCGUCAUUAAUAGUGAGACAAGGUCUCACAGCCAACAAGUGGCAAGGGGUAUUGCGUACUUCGGGGCGAUGGUUAGUUUUAGAGAGGGGGAGGGGGUUUGAACAACCCCUCGUUUAUUAGGAAGGCGAAUAGAUCGAUACAAGAUCUAGCUCUAGACAGAGCCGAUGCUUUACGACGACACCUCAAAAUCAUCAUUACAUGGUCUUGGCUGUUUGUGAUCCUUCGGGAUCAAUUAGGACUUAAUGUUAACCGUCCAAUAAUAAUAGCUAU